GGAGUUAUCACUAGUAUCACCAUCAGUUCACAGAGGGAUUGAGAUCAGAGCUCUGCAUCUGGUCCUAUUUGGUCUUCUGAGAUAGCUUACUGAAACUUUCAUAAAGCUACCUUCACAUGCACUCAAGGAUGAGGUGGCUGGCUGUGACCCUUCUCUACUGUGCCUGUUCAUGGACUGCUCAGGGCCUGAUCAGAGUUCCACUGCAGCGCAUGGCGACGGUGCGUACCCAGCUCAGAGCCAGUCAGCUUCUGGAGGCCUUCGUGAGGGACCACCAGCCGGACACCUUCUCCAGGAAGUACGCCCAGUGCUACCCCCCUGGAACCCCCUCCCUGCGUCUCAGCCGGAGCAGCUUGAAGCUCUACAACUUCAUGGACGCCCAGUUCUAUGGGUUGAUUAGCCUGGGUACCCCGGAGCAGAACUUCAUGGUGGUGUUUGACACAGGCUCAGCUGACCUGUGGGUUCCUUCCUCCUACUGUGUGAGCGAGGCCUGUGGUGUGCACAACAAGUUCAAGGCGUUUGAGUCCAGCACCUUCAACCAUGACGGACGGACGUUUGGCAUCCACUAUGGCACUGGCCACCUGCUGGGCAUCAUGGCCAAGGAAACCCUCAAGAUAUCGAAUGUGACAGUGGUGAACCAGGAGUUUGGGGAGUCUGUGUUUGAGCCUGGAUUCAUGUUUGUCAUGGCCAAAUUCGACGGCGUGUUGGGGCUGGCGUACCCGUCCCUGGCAGCCGAAUUGGGAAACCCUGUGUUUGACACCAUCAUGGCUCAGAAGUUAGUGGAGCUUCCCGUCUUCUCCUUCUACCUGAGCAGGACUAAAAGUACCACCGAGCCAGAGGGGGAGCUGUUGCUAGGCGGAAUAGAUGAGGCGCUGUUCAUUGGCCAAAUCCAAUGGGUCCCUGUUACUGUGAAGGGGUACUGGCAGAUCCAGAUAGACAAUAUUAAAGUCCAGGGCACCACGACUCACUGUGCUCAAGGCUGCCAGGCCAUCAUAGACACAGGCACCUCCCUCAUCACUGGCCCAUCCCAUGAAAUCCUUUCCCUACAACAGCUGAUUGGAGCCACACCCACCUCCAUUGGUGAAUACCUCGUGGACUGCUCCAGAGUGUCCAGUCUUCCCCAGGUCUCUUUCACCAUCGCUGGGGUGGAGUUUGCCCUGUCAGCUGACUCCUACAUCCGGAGGGACAUGCUGGGUGACAGAGAGAUCUGUUUCAGUGGGUUCCAAGCAGUAGACCUACCCUCGGACACGACCUCGCUGUGGAUUCUUGGAGAUCUAUUUCUGAUGGAGUAUUACAGCAUCUUUGACCGCGGUCAGGACCGGAUCGGGCUGGCUAAAGCCCGUCACCUAGGCUCACCAAAACACAGGCAUCUGGACAAAAUAAGAAAAAUUUAAUCGGCUGUUGGAUAAAUUCUGUUGGAGUCAAUAAAGGCUUAUUGGUUGAGGGAAACGGUUUCACACAGAUAUAAGCACACAAAUGCCCACAUUGUUAAGGGGUUCAAUAGGGCCAUUUAUUCAGCAAGCUCAAUCUUGAUUCGGGAAUGUGGAAUAUUGUCUUGGGGACUGAAAUCCUUGACAACUGCCCUUCUACACACACCUAAGUUUAUGCAUCCAGAUGCAAAAAUGUGUCCAGAUCUCCAUCUGAUGGCCUAUAUGUAACUGUCCAAUCAUCUUAUGUAGAAGCAUUCUUCAGCCACUAGAUGUCCCCACAGUGACGGAUCUGUUGGAACACUGGCAACAACUGAGCGCCUCGAGGGAUAGCGUCUACAUUUUCACCUCAUUAUGUUCUAAUUAGGAGAUCUUACAGACCGCCUGACAUGUAUCCUAAUGUGCAGUUCUGGAGACACAGACUGCACGUGUGGGCCAAAAUAAAAUGAAAUCACUUCAAAUUAUCAUUUUCACAUCUGAUUUCCAUCGCAAUCCUUUUUGGACGCUGGGGCAAAUAAUCUGAAAGUUGUGAUUAUCUUGCACAAGGAAUACGCCUAUUACCAUAUGAAUAUGCUGCAAUUGAUUGUUAUUUUAAUGUGUCACAAUAAUAAUGCGUAGUCUACUUUGUGUAAUGCCUGGGCCACACGUCUCAUAAGUCUAACACAAUAA